AAAAACAAUUUGUGUGCGGACGGAUAGUGUUUGUGUUCAAGUGACAGACCUGUAAUUAAUUUGGCGGCAAAAGCUAAGAAAGUGCUUACUCACUUAAAGUGAUUGAGUGUGAUUGAUUUUGGGAUACAUUAGUGUUUGACGACUUUAUUUUUUCUUCUAUCGACAAAUUAUUUUAUUGGCUGGUUAGUUAACAAUCUUUAAAGUUCAACUUGCGGAAAACUCAAAUUAAUUGGAUUCCAUUGAUGCCAAUGAAUAAUUUCUCUUGACAACUAAUACAAUGCCAACAUGCGAUAAUAAAUCUAAGCUGACAUCGUCGGGAAAUCCCUCAGCAGCCGAACCCGAUCAUCAUGCCUCUGAGGCGGCCAAAGUCAAACGCACCAAAGAGCAAGCCUAUUUCAAUUCUUAUGACUUUGAUGCAAUAGAAGUGCUUCCAUAUGAUGAAGAUGAAGUGGAAUGCCCUAAAAAGCAACAUCAACACCCUCAUGGAUGUCAUUCAACACAUCAUCACUACCCCAAGUAUUCUGUGGGUGGUGGUUGCGAAGUCUGCCAUCAUUUAUCACAAUCGCCUACAGCAGCAUCAUCAUCAGCACUUGGUUCAACACAAUCAGGUGUAAGCCAUAAUUUAAAAAGUCCAUCUCAUCACCAACAGCCGCAGUCACAGCAGCAAUUGAAGUCAAAGAAAAAGAAAGAAUCUACAUCCAGUCAUAGCUCCAGUACUAGCAGUAGUUCCUUUUCGCAUCCCAGUAAUCCAUCGGAUGCAAAGAGAACGUAUCUGAAGCGAAUCGGUGCGUUCUUGACGUCACAUUCGAUGGGAAAACGAUCUUCGAUUGAGACCUUGGCGGAUAUCGAGAAGCAGGCCAAGUGUUGUUCAUCAUCAAGUCAAGUAUCGUUAAAUAACAGAUCUACAGUGGCAAAGCUGUUUGAAGGCAAAACUAUUGUCGACGAUGUUGCUGCCGCCGCCACCGCCAGCGGAAGUAUCAAGCGAGAUCAUGUCAUAGAUGAAGCUGGCAAUGGUAAUUUUCUCCUCCCGAGGGCCAUGCUGAAGUAUCAGAAUGUUGCCUUUGGCAAUUCAAUGCCACUCGCGGUCAUCUCUAAUCUGGGAGGCUCGUCGACAAGCCUUAUGGGUAGUAGUUCUAUUAGCGGCCAACCAAACCAAGUCACUAACAGUAGCAUAAAAUCCAAGUCCAAACCAAUUCCCGUGGAAUCUUCUAUCAGUGCCACAGAUACAGCUGUUUCUAUUAACAACAACAACAACAACAAACAAAAGCCACAAUUAAAUCUCAUAGCUAGCAAAAGUGCAGCGGAGAAUUCCGGUUUCGUUUCAUCAUCUUCAUCAGCGUCGGCAUCCUCCUCAUCGUUUGCCAAGUCUACAUUGACUACCAGCUCAUUGUCUGCUGCUGAAUCAUCGAUUAUUAUUGGCGAAACGAGUGCAAAUGUUGAUGUCAGUGGAACUGGUAUAGCUUCAACUGCAACUGCAGCUUUAGCUUGUGCCCCAGUAGCAGUCGCCUCGAAAUCAAUCACGAAUCCAAAUGUUGUUAGUUCAAUUACCAGUGAUCUUCAGCAAAGCUACAAUGAAAAAUUAGUUUCAUCGUCGUCUUCGUCGUCCACCUCAGCGAAUGUUGCUAUAAUUGGUGUUGGUUCACCCAAUGGCAGCAAUAGAAGCAUCAUGACCAAAACGAAUACUGGCAGUGGAGAUGCUACCAUUUCUGCCGGACGCAGCAGUAGUGGAAGAGGCGCUCGUGAGCGAACAAGUUCUCAAUCGCAUUAUUCGACCGACAAAAGCGGUUCAUCGGGAUACUACAGUUCGAACGUGUGUUCCACGUAUUCCGUGGAGGAUCACAUUUAUUGUGAACCAACCAUUGAUAUCCUGGAGGUUAAUAAACCUGCCAUCACAAAGUCUUCACAAUUGGGCCAUACAAGCAAUCACAGCCAUCGGCAAAUCAUGAUCGUUCACAAUAGCGAUGAUGACGACGAGGAUCACCAUCAUCAUCACCAUCGAAGCCACCUGCAGCAGGAUCAUCAACGCCACCAGAAGACCAUUAAUCAGAAUCUUCGAAUCCUUGAAACUAGUAUUGAGAAUUUGGAUAGGCAUCUCAAGAGCUAUCCGAAGCUCAGCAACCACGAUCGAUUGGCUGUUUUCGCCCGAACAAAUAAUCAACAAUUACCAACGCAUUUGUAUCAGGUUCACAAUGGCAAUAGUAUUGGUUGCGAAGCAGCGAAAACUCGUUAUGGACACCUGCCAACUAUUAUGGAAGGUGGGGGAAAUGAUUUGGCAGCUUGCUUACAAAAGUCUUGGCAGGAUGAAAUCGCCGAGGAUUCUCUUCUUGAUAUUGAUCUCGAUUCGUUUCUUCUGACAAAUGAAAGAAACAAAGAAAAGUCAGCUGUCAAUGGUAUUGACAAUCCGACUUUUGACAAAUCUGUGAUCCUUCACGACGAAGACAUGGAAAACCAUUACAAAUGUGCAAAGUACAUAAAUUCAUGUCCUGAAGACGCAUAUAGACUAGAGAGUGAAGUUGGUAAUUCACUCGAUCAUUUUUUGAAAAAGUAUGAUGAUCAAAUACAUUUUCAAAAUACCCGGGAACUUCUUGAAGAUGUACGUGAUAAGAUACGUCUUCUAUCCGAAUCAUCAGAGGCGACAAUAACAGCAAGAACUGGAGGCAACAACAACAAGAAGAACCUUCCUCAUGAACUGGACACCAUGAUAAAGGCUCUCAAAGGCGAACUUGAAUCCUACCUCGAACGAAUGAACCACCACAGCGAAAUGGAGAUACGGCAACUUUGUACCGGUUUGGUUAAGAAUCAAAACAUUGUUCGGAUGAAAAAAGCCUUCGAAAGGCGAAAAUCGAACGCUAGCGAUUCGGAAUUCGACUUUGCCUAUGAGGCUAUUCGCGACGGUACGGUAAUAACGGUGCAGCAUACGCAGCAGCACAUCGAAACGACUUCGAUUCGGUGCUCUAGUGAUCCCAAUUUCAAAAUGAAACGUAGAUCGUUGUGCGAUGUUUUUCCAAAAACAGACGCCGAUUGUUAUGCGGGUACAUCCACUGCCACUAUGAUGGCGGGUGGUGGUGUCAAUAAUAAUUGUGGACCGAGUGUUUUGAGUCAAUUGAGUUCGGUAAUGAAUGAUAAUUCGCCGUCGUCGGUCGGAGCAAGAACGCAAUUGCAAAGAAAUCUUUCGUUUCACAAGCCGGUCUUGAAUAAACUUGACGGAGAAGCCAAUGAUGAUGGAGAGAAGGAUUCUGCAGGUGAUUGGCAUCAAAAGAAACCUAGCAAUUGGGAGAUGUAUUAUGGAACAAAUAGAUUGAAUCAAACACUUUUGGGCAAGAGAGGUGUCAUAACGAAUGGAAAUCAAGCGAUAAUGUCAUAUCCAUCAUCACGUCCUGAGUCGGAUUUCACUCUAGAUCUUCCUAGAGCAGAACAAUUACGGAUUAAAAUGGAAAAGGAAAAGAAAUUCCGACGAAGAUGUCGUUAUUUAACGACAUUUUUGAGCUUAGUUUUCUUCCUAUUAACAGUAAUGGUUGUUAGUCUGGUACUAACACGAGGAAAACGAAUGUUUGGAAGUAUGAUCUAAGAAAAUCUUAAGAAUUAUUUGCAAUUAAGAAUAAAAAGCCUUUAAUGUAUAAUAAAAUCCUACAUACGAAUAAUUUUAAAUUUUUAUUGAUAUCCAUUCUUGGAUUAUCCUAUCUAAACAUAAAUUAAUAAUAAUUAUAAAUUGCUUUAGUAAAAUUAUAAUAAUUAUGUACAACGAAUCAGUGCCGUAAUAAUAAUAAAGGGUGUACAGUAUAAAGCUGAAAAAUUAUAGAACAAAAAAAAAUCCUGGGAUUUCUAGGUUAUUGGGGGAAAUAUUGACACAUAAAAGAAAAUAUAAAAAACAUUAACGCACAUUUUUUUAGUUAAAAGUUCUUGAUUGUAGUUUGCUUUUUUAUUAAUUUUUUUUUUUUGUUUAGUCGUUUAGUCUUUUCAUGUUGCAUAAUUAAUGUGAAUAUAUAAAAAAAACAGUAUUGUUAAUAAAUUAUUUUGUGAUCUUAGUUUUUAAGUGAAUAUUCUUUAAUUGUAUUAGUUAUUAUUGUAAAAUCAUUUAAAAUAUUUGUUUAAGUAAAUUGACCGUAACAAA